CAACGGGAAGUAUAAUUGUCAGACAUCUUUAAAUUUUGAAAUGGCGUUCGCAAGUUCAAUACAAAAAAGUCAAAUUCCAGUUGGAUGUCAGUUAUGUGAAGGUGGAAAUAAGAUUCAAUGGAAAUGUAUCACAUGUGACUUGCUUAUGUGCGACAAGUGCAAGGAUGGGGUCCAUCUAAAGAUUGCUAAAGAUCAUAAAAUACUUAACAUAAUUGACAUAGGAAAACCUGACACAAUUAUAUUCAGUGAUGUGAAGUGUGACGAUCAUUCUCAGCAGGCUUGCUGUCUAUACUGUAAUACUUGUAAUAAGUUUAUCUGUCCAAAGUGUAUCACUAAAGUACAUAAUGGACAUGAGUUAAUUGAAGAAGAAGACUAUAAUAAAGGCAAAGUAGAACUGAAGCCAAAACAGAAAAGUCAGAUUAAGUUAGGAAUAUCCAAAGAAUAUACAGCAGAUCUUAUCUCUAUUCACGAUAUAGCCGUAUGUUCUGAUGGUUCUAUGUGGAUGGCAGAUAAUCUCAGAUCAAAGAUAAAACAUGUCAAACUUAGGGAGAAUAGAACUGUAGUAAUAAGAAGUUUAAACACUAAGACUUAUGGAAUGGCAAAAACUCAUUCAAAUAACAUUCUUGUUGUAACAGGUGAGACUAAACUCAAAUUAAUCAACGCCAUGACAGGGGAGAUGACAGAUUUCAGGUAUGAUGUAAAACCAUUGAUACCAACCGGUAUCCAUGUAACCAGUGAUCACAGAGUCAUCAUAGGAGCCAGGUCUCCAGGCAAGGCAUUCCCUGCCACAGGAAGACGUGUAGUGGUGGUAAUGGAUCAGGAAGGAAAACAACUCAAGGAAUAUGAACAUGACAAACAUAAGAAACGGUUAUUAACCUACCCUGCACGUGUAACCUGUACCAGUAAUGGUAAUAUCUGUGUGGUGGACUGGAUAGAUUAUGAUAGGAGAGGUAGAGUGGUAGUGUUAUCACCAGGAGGAGACAUUCUAGGGACUUACACUGGUCACCCUGAUGUCAACACUGAGAAGGAUCCAUUUAUACCUGUAGGAAUACUAACCUUACCAUCAGAUAAUAUCAUUGUUACUGAUACAGAUAACCAUUUAUUACAUAUACUGACUGACCAAGGACAAAUUAUUACCUACUACAAUCUCCAUGACAUGGGGAUCUUACAUCCACACUCCCUUGCUCUGUCUACAACAGGAACUAUCUAUAUAGGAUGCCUUAUUAAGAGAAUUUUUUUUUUUAUUCCAGUCAAGACCAAACUUUAUGAGUUGGAAUAUUCUGGAUUCUAGUGAUUUGCCAUGUCCAUUCUACAUCAGGAACUAUAUCUAUAAUUGGAUGUGUUGUUUUAUCAUAAUGAAAAACUACAUCGAACUUCUUCAAAGCAUUAAGUUCUAAACUUUUAUAUACUGGUGCAGGUUGCAGCAUAUUUGUUAACAGUAGAUGCCAAUGUUUUUUUAAUAAAUUUUAGCAUGGGUUUAAAUAUA